UGAUUUCAGGCGCACCAAAACCAAAAGACCCACCAAAGUUCAAAGUUAUUACAAAGCAAUUUAACCCAAGUAUAUGUACAUGUGGUGAUCACGAGUGUGAGCCUCAUUACAGAUUGGAACGAGAGGUUGUUUGGCUGGAAAAAGAGGUCGAUUGUAAAACAGAAAGGGAGUUGAAGGAAGUUGACGAGAUGGCCGACAUGGUAGCAUCAAGCAACAGUAGAAUAAAUGAAAUCACACAGAAAUUUGAGCUCUGCAAAGAUGUUGAUAAUGAAGAGCUGUCUGACGGGGAAGGGGAAGAAGAAGAAAAAUAUGAUGAUGAUAAUGAUGACGAUGAUGAUCACGAUGAAGGUGAUGACAACGAUGCUGCUGCUGAUGAUGAUAAUCACGAUGUUGCUGAGGGAUCUGAGAUUGGUGCAACUGAUGACAAAGUAGUUAUUGUUAGUUCUGAUGAGGAAUAUGGAUCAGCUUUUGGCAUUCUGAUGGUGUACUGUAACAGCGAGAUUCAUACUACAUGGGGUGUCAAGGAAAGCAACAGCUACUAGAUACACGAUGAAACUUUUGAAAUGAUUUGUUCAAAUUCUUUUUUCCAAUGGUACAAUUAAUC